UUCCCGUGGUCUGUGGACCUGGGGCGGGGCCUCUUUGCGCGCCUACGUAGUAGUACGUCCCAGCCGGGCGGAACCGGGGUCACCCUGAGCUGCGGACUGCGUCGCGAUGCUGAGCAAGUUUCUGGGCCCACGCUACCUUCAACUGGCCAAGAACUGGAUUCCCACAGCGGGCAUGUGGGGCGCCGUGGGCACCGUGGGGCUAGUGUGGGCCACCGACUGGCGGCUGAUUCUGGACUGGGUGCCCUACAUCAAUGGCAAGUUUAAGAAGGAUGACUAGUUAAACCGACCCUCCUCACUGGUGACCAGAGGUGCCAACAGCUCCCAUCUCAGCACCUGCUACGUCUGGAACAGCCCCAGCCUUCUGCAUGGAUCACAAGGAGAUUCACAGCACUACUUGGGACUUUCUGUGUUUUUGAAAAUAACUUUGAUGUGUGACUAUAUUAAACCUUGCUCUGAAACCUG